AUGCCUGCUCCAGUAGACGCAUCAGCCAUCUCAAAGAAGAGGAAGAGUAGCAAAAAUGGCGGUGCCCCCUCCUCCAAGCGUCGAGCAGUGGCCGAACCCGAUUUCACCGAGACGCUGUCCACCAUUCAAGACCUCGAGAACCAGAUUGCCGAAUCGCGGAAGCACUACAACAAUAUUGCGACCCUGAUUUCCAUGCUCAAUGUCGAGCCGUCGGCUAAGCAUCCGGAACUGGCCGUGGCCGUAUCACUCUGCCGGGUGUUCACCCGGUUGAUCGCAGCGGGGAACCUGACAGAAACGAGUCGCGCGGCUGAAAAUGAGAAAAUUGUGGUGGCAUGGCUGAAGGAGCGCUGCUUGGAGUACCAGAGGGCGCUCAUGGCGAUUAUGCGCCAGGCGGAUAGUGCUUCUCAGAUUACUGCUCUAACCCUAGGCAUGCGCCUGGUCAAGGAACGCACAACACAUCUCCCCGGCGCCGACAACAAUGUCUGGUCCUCAGGCCUGUUUAAGGACAUCUUUGAGGCCGUGGUUGAAGCCCCCGCUGGGGAGGAUCUACGGUCCGAAUUUGUCUCAAAAUUCGUCAAGGAGUAUGAAGACGUCAGAUACCAUACCUUCGGGCAAAUAUCUGAAUAUGCCGCCGUCAAACGAAGCUCCAAUGUCCUCGAAACCCUCAUCGCGAUCCUCUCGGCUUGCGACGAAGUGCCUGCCGCAGAUCACGAGUUUGAAAACUUCUACACCCAGGUUGAUACAAAAAACAAGCGCAUGGCCUCGGUGAAUUCCCACAAGAAGCGGGCGCAGGAGGCAUGGCUGGCCAUCCUCCGCAAUAAUCUCUCGCAGUCGCAGCGAAAGUCUCUCCUGCGCAUCAUGGUGCACAACAUCGAGCCCUGGUUCAACCGACCCGAGCUACUCAUGGACUUCCUCACGGACUCAUACAAUGUGGGUGGCGCAACGUCACUCCUCGCGCUGUCCGGCCUGUUCUACCUGAUUCAAGAGAAGAACCUGGACUACCCGCAAUUCUACCAAAAGCUGUACUCCCUUCUGGACACCGAUCUCCUUCAUUCGAAACACCGGUCCCGGUUUUUCCGCCUGCUCAACACCUUCCUCUCCUCGACCCAUCUGCCGGCCGCGUUAGUCGCCAGCUUCAUCAAGCGGCUCUCUCGUCUCGCGCUGAAUGCGCCCCCUUCCGCCAUCGUGGUUAUCGUCCCUUUCAUCUACAAUUUCUUCAAGAGCCAUCCGACCUGUACCUUCAUGAUGCACCGCGCCAUCCGCGACAAGCAGCUGGCCGCAAACCUGGAGGCCCAAGGCAUGGAUGACCCGUUUGAUCCCUCCGAGACCGACCCUACCCGCACCAACGCCAUCGAGAGUAGUAUCUGGGAGAUUGAGACGCUGCAGUCUCACUACCAUCCCAAUGUUGCUGCUAUCGCCCGCAUCAUCUCCGAGCAGUUCACCAAGCAAGCUUAUAACCUGGAGGACUUCCUCGAUCAUACGUAUCAGGGCAUGAUUCAUGCAGAGCUUGGUUCCGAGGAGAGGCCAAUGCGGAAGACUCCCGUCGUGGAAUACCAGAUCCCCAAGCGGAUCUUCACGGAUCGUCUGCUGGAGGAGGAUGGCGGGUUGGACUCGGGUGCUGGGAGUUUCAUGCGUGGGCUGUGGGAUUUCUGA